CCAUUCCCAAUCCUGGAUGACGAAAAUCCAUCCCACAUGGCCAUCAAAAAGAGGUUCCAUAGACGGACAACAACUGAAUUUCGAUUUCUGAGGCUCGCUGCGUGGACCUCAGAAAGUCUAGAAAAGAAGGCUCAAUAUAUUAUUUCUGAGGGGGGCCUUUUGAAUAGAAAGGAAAAAAAUAAAGACGUAGAAGGCCGAUCACCUCAAGUUGAAAGGAGAAAAGCAGCACAAAAAAAAAACACAACAAAAGCGUGGACGAAAAGCUUCGGUUGCACCAAGGGGAGCUCCAUCGGUGGAGAGAGCGAGCAGGAAGCAAUGGAAAGACGACCAACUGGAAGUACAACAGAUCCACCUCCAAUUAGAAAACGCUCACGGCGCGCGGAGAGAUAAAAAACUAGCCCAAAAGUGAGAAUACGUUUAUGGUUGUGUAUGGAUUAAAUUCUGGACUAGCUUAAGUAUUUUCAAAAGGUUGAUUUGAACGUAAUUGAAUGUUUCUUUAUGUAACACAUUCGAUGUGCAUAAAAUAGAUAAGCAGGUCAACUACCAAGAAAAACAAGGGGGGGAGGGGUUAAAAAGGACCGACCACGUAGGUCCAACCCAAAAUCAUUUGAAGAAAAAGAUCUCCUAAUGAGCCCAGAUGAUGAUGAGGACAAUGAGCCUCUUGCUUAGAGGAGGGGCCGGUUGUUUCACCAGGGAGUUGACCAACAGAAAACAAGUUCGGAGACCCCCAACGACAACCUCAAUCAAGAAAACACACCCCAUGAGAAACCUGACUUCAGAGUUCCCGAUGCAGGCACACUCUCCGUAGCACUAGUGCAACAUCAAGAAUGGAAAUUCGACGGACAAGUUUCCUAUACAAAAAAUAUUUUUUUGGGUCUACUUUGCUCGUUAGGGAAUUAGGAAAUGUAUGCAUACAAAAGUUACUUUUCUCUGACAUUGGUUGAUUUUGACGAAGUAACCCUGAUUUCUUGUCGAUGCGAGACCCGGAGAGCAAAAGAAUAUGGGAAUACCUUGAGCAACUACAGUACACAAAGCCCCUGCAGACCGGUGAUGCCAACCACGCCGUCUUGCAAGAGACCUAGUUCACCGAGCCACCAGACUUCACUCAGAAUGACUCGGAUGAAGAAGAACCCUACCCAGUGUACUCUUAUAAAGGUGCAUCCGUCGCUAAAGGGGCGAAAGCUCGAUGAGGAUGAUGAGGAUCGAGUGCGACGAUGGGCUGUCAAUGCGUCGUUGGACCUUAUGGGAACAUGGAUUAUAGAAACAAAGGUAAAAAGUUAAAAAGAAUAAAGACAUUUCAAAAUAAAAGUUUUGG